AUGGCUAUCACGUUGUCAUCACCAAAACUGUUCUUCACUGCGAGCAUCAUCAUGAUCAUCGCAGUCCUCUCACCCUUCAUGGGCGUUCAUGCUGAGACUUGUUCGGAGCUGUGUUCAAGGAUAAAGAAAUGCGCAAGUUCCAAGUAUGGCUCCUACUGUAAGGCAUCAUCAGUGCAUAGCACUACUACAGUCUGCUACGGCCUGUUCAAGGAUCUUAAUGCUUCAAUAUGCUAUACCGAUUCACAAGGCGAUAACUGCUGGGGAAGCCCCGUCGAGUGCGAGUACGACGACUACGGCUUCGACGAGGUCACUACUGGACCGACUAGUCCUAGCUUGAAUGAUAAGAGAGACUCGAGACCGUCUCCUGAGAAGUGGCGAAUUCUACCAACGACUACUUAUGCUAAUGAUGCUGCUGCUAUCGACAGUCAAUCGAGUGCCCUAUCUAGCUCAGGGGCUAGUAGGAGGAGACUGACAGAGCUCUCAGUGGUAAUGCAGAGGCCAGAAGAAGAGUGGCCAUCUCAGAAGGAGGUUCCCAAGCCUGUGUCAACUGCUAAGCGUCAGGGUCAGCCAUCGCUGAGCUGUGAAUUUUCUCAAUGGGCUCUGGAGAAAGUCCUGUAA